GAAAAAAUGUAGAAAUACAUAAAUAUUUCCUCUUUGUGGAAGACUUGCAAAAAUCCAGAGCACUGUUAGAGAGAAACACAAGGAAAGACACAAGAGACAGACAGAGAGGAGGGAGUGAACAAUCAUUUCAAGGAGCAGAAAAUAAUGAGACUGGAGCAAAGGAAGGGCAAAGAGAAAACACCUUACUCUGCAACACUUCAACUGUUUGUCAACUCUUUCCCUGACAUGGACCCGCCAUCCCAGAAGUUACUCUAAAGGGCCAAACAAGGACACAAAGCAGAGAAGAGUGACAGACAGAGGAGGGAGAAAAGCAGUAAAUCUUGGCUGAGGUGAGGAAAAAGCAGUGGUGUGGGAGAGCAGAGAGCGACGGAAGUCAGGGGAGUGGAGGAGUGAGGCGCCCCGUUCCUUCCAGCGAAGUGAGAGGGGGGAAGAAAAAAGAAGUAGAAGAAGAAGAAGAGAGGAGUGAUAAAGAGUCGGGGAAGGAGGGAGAAGAGUCGGCUGGACAUGGGGCUUUGUGCUGUUCUCCUCAUCUGUCUCUCCCAGGCUGAGCUGGGGAGAGUCUGGGCUCAGGAGCAUGAAGAUGCACUGAGCGGGACUCCUCUGCAGAGAGAUGGAGAUCUGUCCGGUUUUCACAGAGACAGUAGGGACCAGCAGACCCCACACAAACACAGAGAAGCCCGCAACACUGACGGAGGAGGAGGACUUGAUAUCAGUACCCUGCCUGACAACGUGACCCGCGUAGUGGAGGACUCCCAGAGGUACUACACAUGGCAGAGUUUUGGUCCAACAGACAGACGGACUGAGGACUUGUGGGUAAAUCUGAACACCCUGCACAGGAGCCAAGUCCAGAUCCAUGGCAUACUGUCUAACGCACACCGACAGGCGGCGAGGGUGGCACUGUCCUUUGAGUUCCCUUUUUAUGGACACCACCUGAGACAAAUCAUCGUAGCAACUGGUGGGUUCAUCUUCAUGGGGGACAUCACUCAUCGAAUGCUGACUGCCACACAGUACAUCGCUCCCCUCAUGGCCAACUUUGACCCCAGCUUCUCCAAAAACUCCACAGUGAGAUACUCAGACAACGGGAAUCUAUUUGUGGUGCAGUGGGACAAAGUGCAGCUGAAGGACCGAGAGGCUGAGGGAGCUUUUACUUUCCAGACAAUCCUCCACAGAAAUGGAACCAUUGUUUUCAACUACAGAAACAUCCCCAUACCAGUGAGUGAAAUGAAUUCUACUGAGCAUCCAGUGAAGGUGGGACUGUCUGAUGCUUUCAUGGCACUCCUCCCCUCCUCACAGCUCUCAGAAGCGAAUCGCCGCACUAUCUAUGAGUAUCAUCGUGUUGAGAUUAACAUCACAAAGAUUGUUAGCAAAUCUGCUUUUGAGUUCACACCUCUGCCCACUUGUCUUCAGCACACAUCCUGCGAACUCUGCCUAUCAUCCAACUUGACAACUGGCUGCGGCUGGUGCAACACACUUCAACGAUGUUCCGACGGAAUCGACCGGCACAGACAAGAGUGGUUAGAUUAUAACUGCCCUGAAGAGGCAAAAGGCACAUGUGAGGACUACAUCCCAAUACUACCUGAGGGGUCUAUGAGCUCCUUCAACCAGUCUUCUCCAGGUCCAACACCUUCUUCAGCAGAGAUCGAAGACCAGCCUGUCACUAAAGAUAUACAGACGAGUCCUCCAAACAAUAAGGGGAUAACAGAGAACACGGCCAUCAUAGCAGGCGUAGUGGCUGCACUGGUUCUGCUUGUAGCUCUGACCUUACUGGCUGUCUACUACAUCAACACACACCCCACAGUUGCUCCACCGUUCUACCUCAUGCAGCGACGCACCAAUAACUACUGGCCCUCCAUGAAGUUCCGCAACCAGGGCUGCCACUCCAGUUACGCCGAGGUCGAGCUUGGGGGUCAUGAAAAGGAAGGUUUCAUUGAAGCUGAGCAGUGCUGCUAAGAGUCCUGGACUGACAGGACUCAGCCAGAAGAAGAAAGGGCACCAUCUUGAGGACUGCAAAGGUAUUACUAGGGGAUGAAUAUGGACGAUCAGGCCGAACAUCGACACAGGGUGUCCCGACUCCAACCUUGGCGGCUGGACAGUGUUUACUGUAACUGCUCUUGUAGCUCUUGCCAGCUUUCUCUGUGUCUUUUGCUCUUUGCCAUUACACAGGGGAUUUGCCAUAUGAUUCAAGGGUUGGAGGGUCUGAGAGGAAGACGACUGUACAGAGAUGAUGACAUGCAAGCGUGUAACUGUACAAAAACCCAUCAAUGCAAGGGGAUGUCAGGGAAUGAAUCGAACUAGCCUUCAUACUGCAAACCAACAUACAGCUCAACUUAAUGUGUUUCUGUUUUUAUUCAGUUUAUUUUUGUUUCAUGAAACUUCCACGCGACCAAUGACUGGUUCAUAAAAUGUUAUAUCUCUGUGGACUUCACUAUAACAGAUAUUUAGCUAUAUAACUGAUAGUGACUAUAAUGGUCAUCUUGAGCUUCUCUGGAGAAAUUCUGUAUGGAUGAAUUUUAGUGACAUCACGUUAUGAGAGUUUUCUUUUAACCUUUCUGUUUAAAUGUCUUCUAAUAAAAGCUGGUGGUGAGUGUUGAUAUAAAUGUCAUGCUUGGUGAGGAGUUGAGAACAAAUGGUGCAGACCACUUUGCAGACAUUUAGACCAGGUAAAGAAGAUGCUGGUCAAUGUCAGGUGAGUGCUAUCGGGUAACAUACAGUUUAAUUUACAUGCCAAUAUUUAAUUCUGAUAAUUGAAUGAAUGAGCUCUAAAUGCACUCAUUCAUUUAAACUGAUGUAAAGGUACUAUUAAAUUAGUUCUUAUAGUUGUUGCUUACAUGCACAUUAAUACUUGGGACAUGGGCUGGCAUGUAAUUUAAUAUGCCACCAAACCUUUGAACAUUUACACCUACUGUCUAGGCUAGGGUUGCAACGUUAUGAGAUUUUCAUGGUACGUUAACCAUCCCAGAAAAUAGUGCAGUGUCACGGAAUUACGGUACUGAUAUUAUUGUAUUGUGGGGACUCUG